ACUCUGGUAGCCAACCGACCAACGCCCAACGCCCAAACAACCAGAAACCAGUCAAUCUCCCGAUUUCGACCAAGAAUUACCGUCAAAAUGGCUGGUGGAAUUAACGUUCGCGAUGUUGACUCGCAGAAAUUCAUCGAGGCUUACUCCUCGUUCUUGAAGCGUCAAGGCAAGCUGCCCAUUCCUGGUUGGGUCGACACUGUGAAGACCGGUGCUUCCCGUGAGCUUCCUCCUCAGAACAUCGAUUGGUUCUACGUCCGCGCUGCUUCCGUUGCCCGUCACGUCUACAUGCGCAAGACCGUUGGUGUUGGCCGUCUCCGUCGCGUCCACGGUACCGCCAAGAACCGAGGUGUCCGCCCCAGCCACCACGUCAACGCCUCCGGCUCCGUCGACCGCAAGAUCUUCCAGGCUCUGGAGAAGAUCGGUGUCCUCGAGCAGGAUGAGGAGAAGGGUGGCCGCCGCAUCACCCAGUCCGGCCAGCGUGAUUUGGACCGUAUCGCCCAGACCGUCGCUGAGGCUGACGAGGAGGAGGAGGAGGAUGACGAGUAAAUGCUUCUUUCGCGCAUUAUGAUAUCCGAUACGGCAAGGGAAAUUCUCGGUUCAGGUUCAGCAUAGGGUUCGGCGUCUGAAAAUGGCUUGACAUUCUGAUUCACCAAUCACGAGGCUUCCUGAACACCAUGAAAUGAUGACCUUCGCGUCGAUCCACGUCGAAACUGUCGUGAUGAGCGGAGGAUAGACUCAAUGGCAACUACGUCAAAAGUCGGAGCCUGUCAACAGUUUUUUCAACAUUGAA